AUGCCGUACAGCCGAGGACACCUCUCCACUCGACCCAGGCGCCAAGAGGGAGGGACACAGCCGCGGCGCGCCUUCUACAGAGGCGACCACAGCGUGGAGUCGUACUGCAACCAGGUCAGAUCGCUGUUCACCAAGCUCUGUCCCAAGAAGUACUGGUCCGUGGCGGCUCUAUUUAACAACGACGCUCUCGCACUGCUCGUCAUCACCGAGAUCAAUCUGCAAGAGGUCGGCACGCCUGGUCCGGUCAUGGACAGGGUGAUGUGGAACGCGGCCAGGACUUAUCUGAUAUCGCUCUUUGUCGAGCAGGGGAUUGCCACUUUGGAAACCCAUUUUUGGUGCGACGCCAUCCCGGACGACAAGUGCAACGUAGACCAUGAUAGCUAUGAAUCUUUGAUUGGUGACCUGAUUGCCAUGAUCAUAUACCUGUUUGAAUCCCAGGAAUAG